UCUCUCUCCCUACGCUUCUCGGCCACCGGGAGCGUAGUUUCCUCCACCACCGCCAUAUAUAUAUAUAGAGAGAGAGAGUGUUUUAGCGAGAGAGAGAGAGAGAGAGAGAGAGUUUUAGAGAGAGAAAAAAGGUCCUUCCAAGAAGUAGAGCUUUUCUCGCCUCUUAUUUUGUAUUCGUCUUCGACGGCUCUCUUCAAAUCGGCGGCUCCAGAUUCCCUUCAGAUUGAAGCUUUGAUAUGGCAUCUGCGGCUGCUGCUCCCCGUUACGCUCCAGAGGACCCCACUCUUCCCAAGCCUUGGAAAGGUCUAGUUGAUGGUAAAACGGGUUAUCUUUACUUCUGGAAUCCGGAUACCAACGUCACUCAGUACGAGAGGCCUGUUGCAUCUUCGCAUACAGGCUCAGCUCCACAUAAGUCGUCUGCAGCACAUAUAAGUUCUUCUGUUCAAGUUCAACAAUCUUCUCAAGGACAACGUCGUAAAAGCGGUUACAAUGAUGAUGACGAUAGAUAUAGCAGAGGUAGCAAUGGUGGGUUAAAGCCUGCUUCAGGAACAAGAAGUUAUCAGAGUGAGAAAGGUGGAUCAGAUCAUUCUCACAAUGUUCCUAAUGGGGAAAUAGGUGCUGGACAUGGAGGGUCUUCUGGCAGAGGUUAUGGGCCUUUGAGUAUAGGAAAUGGUUCAUCUGCAGAAUGUUAUCGCCGUCGGCAUGAAAUAAGUGUUUCUGGAGAUAAUGUGCCCCCUCCGCUUACAACAUUUGAAGCUACCGGUUUUCCUUCAGAGAUUCUUAGAGAGGUACACCAUGCUGGGUUUUCUGCACCUACUCCAAUACAGGCACAGUCGUGGCCGAUCGCUCUUCAAGGUCGUGACAUUGUAGCCAUUGCCAAGACAGGUUCAGGUAAAACCUUGGGUUAUUUGAUUCCAGGUUUUAUGCAUCUCAAACGCCGCCACAAUAAUCCUCAACUGGGUCCGACUGUUUUGGUUUUGUCACCAACGAGGGAGCUGGCAACUCAGAUACAGGAGGAAGCCGUGAAGUUUGGAAAGUCAUCAAAAUUAUCUUGCACGUGUUUGUAUGGAGGUGCACCAAAGGUUCACCAAUUAAGAGAUCUAGAUAGAGGCACAGAUAUUGUGGUUGCCACUCCUGGUCGUUUGAAUGAUAUUAUAGAGAUGAAAAGAGUGAGCCUCCAUCAAGUCUCUUAUUUGGUGUUGGAUGAGGCAGAUCGCAUGCUGGACAUGGGGUUUGAACCACAGAUACGCAAGAUUGUGAAGGAGGUGCCUACUCGCCGCCAGACCCUCAUGUACACUGCAACAUGGCCUAAGGAGGUUCGCAAAAUUGCAGCUGAUCUACUGGUCAAUCCUGUUCAGGUUAACAUUGGAAAUGUUGAUGAGCUUGUUGCCAACAAGGCUAUCACCCAGUAUGUUGAAAUCUUGUCACCCAUGGAGAAACACAGGAGGCUUGAGCAGAUAUUGCGAUCUCAAGAACCAGGAUCUAAGAUCAUUAUCUUUUGCUCAACCAAGAAGAUGUGUGAUCAACUGUCUCGUAGCCUAAUCCGCCAGUUUGGAGCUGCUGCCAUUCAUGGUGAUAAAUCCCAGGGUGAAAGGGAUUACGUGUUGAACCAGUUUCGCGCUGGGAGGUGUCCAGUGCUUGUAGCCACUGAUGUUGCAGCUCGUGGACUAGACAUCAAAGAUAUCAGGGUGGUUAUCAAUUAUGACUUCCCUACGGGAGUAGAGGACUAUGUUCACAGGAUAGGAAGGACUGGAAGGGCGGGUGCCACUGGAGUGGCUUACACGUUUUUUGGUGACCAAGAUGCAAAGCAUGCUUCAGAUCUCAUCAAAGUUUUAGAAGGGGCAAACCAGCGUGUCCCAGUUGAACUCCGUGAUAAGGCUUCACGUGGUGGUGGAAUGGGCAGGGCUAGACGUCAAUGGGGUUCUAGCUCUGGUGGACGUGAUGCAGGCCGUGGUGGACGGAAUGACUCCAACUACAGUGGAAGGGAUGGAGGAAGGGGCAGUUGGGGGAUUCCAGAAAGAGGUGGUGGACGUGGUCCUGACCGAGAAUCUCGGGACAGUGACAGGUAUGGUCGCAGCUUCAAUGGCAACGUGGAUGGUCCAGGGACUUACCACCAUAGGAGCUUCCACGAAAGGAUAGUUCGUGUUGGAGAUGGUGCUCGAGAUCCCAGCCGAAGUAGAAGCCGCAGCCGCAGUAGAAGCCCAAACAAGGGUUCAGGAUUGGGUGACUGCCGGAUUAGAACGGCCCGGAGCCGUAGUCGUAGCCCUGACAAGUACGGCAGGGCUCCACCAGCACGUGAACGUUCCCCAGUACGCAGUUUUCAUAAACGGGUGGUGGAGCAUGCUCAAUCGCCCCCACCAUCCCAACAUAAACGUGUGUCACCAUACAACAGUGACAAUGCAAGGGGAUUCAAGAAUUCUGUGGAUCCAAAGAGUCAUCCUGGUGAGCGAUCACGGUCCCCAUCUGAUGGCCGUGGGAAGGAAAAUCUCAGGGGAUCAUAUGUUGACGCUCCGAGGGAGCGGGGAAUCGCAAAUGGACCACGGUUGUCUUACUUGGGGGAAGGAGAGGAAGAAGAGGAGGAAGGCAUGAUACACCCGGAUGAAGAUUGCAUGCCCAAAGCAGCAGAUGAGAAUCCUCGUACCUCUUCUCCGUAAUCUUGGUCCAUGUGUUAGGGUUACUAUAUGUUGUUGUCAUUGCCUCGGGGUUGGUAGUGAUUGUUGUCAAUGCCUUAGGGUUGACUAUUGAUUGUUGUCAAUGGCUUUACUCUGUAAUUUUUUUUUCAAAAAUUUUGUUAGGGGGUGGAAGGGGUAGUGUUGGAGUUGGGGGUGCUGUAAUUGUACUGUAACGGCGCAAGGUUGUGAAAUUGACUUUUGGUGGGGUGCAUCCUUUAAUUUUUAGGAUUCAAAGACUAUAAUUGGACAUCUUAAAUUAGAAUUUACUUUAUUAAAAAUUACAUGUUCUAGUAUCGUCAGAUUGACAAUAACAUUGCCAAAGGGAAGCGUUAAAUGUUAUUUGGAUUAAAGAGGGCAUAUGUGACAAAUAUUUUGUUCACCAUGUUAAAUUAAUCUGUGUGGUGUUAAUGUUGAUAGGUAUUGAUUGAGUUGUA